UGCGCAUAUGCAGGAGCAUCUUUCCCUAGUUCAUGUCAGGGAGCGAUCGCUUCCUUCAGCUUCCUUUUCCGGUUGGUAUUGAAAGAGAACCAAGAUGGUACAACGGUUAACCUAUCGACGACGUUUGUCGUAUAAUACGAAAAGCAACAGAAGGCGCAUUGUACGUACACCGGGUGGAAAAUUGGUCUAUCAGUAUUUAAAGAAGCCCAAGAAGAUCCCAAGAUGUGGACAGUGUAAAGAGAAGCUGAGAGGUAUUCAGCCUGCUAGACCAAUGGAGCGUUCUCGUAUGUGCAGGCGCAAGAAAACUGUUAAGCGUGUAUAUGGUGGAGUCCUUUGUCAUAAAUGUGUGAAAGAAAGGAUUGUCCGUGCAUUCUUAAUCGAAGAACAAAAGAUCGUCUACAAGGUUAUGAAAGCACAGCAAGCCUCUGCGAAGACGAAAAAAUUAGACAAGUAACUUUGUGCUUUUUAUUAAUUAAAUAAAUAAAAUCACAAAAAAAUUUAACUACA